AUGGCAAUGUUACAUGAGCUGAACGAUUCGGUGAAAGGUGUUCUGUCAACGGAAGACAUUCCGAUUAGUCCGAAAGUUAUGGAAGUGAUUGAUAUGCUUGAUGAAAUACAGAAGUGGACGCUGGAGUUUCCACCGGAAGAAAUGGGAGCCCAGCGUUUUGGAAAUGUCGCGUUUCGAAAGUGGUAUGAGCGCCUCUCAUCGGAUGCCGAGGACAUUGUGUAUGGCCUUUUGCCCGCUGACAAAAAGAGUGCUGUUAUCGAACUGCUUCCAUAUUUUUUGGAUUCAUUCGGUAACGCGAUGCGAAUUGAUUACGGAUCAGGACACGAGGCGUCUUUUCUGAUCUUUUUGUUCUGUUUGCGAAAAUUGGGCAUGUUUGCGCCAUCCGACAAUCGUGCACUUGUGCUUCGAAUCUUUUUAAAGUAUUUACGACUGGUACGAUGUCUCCAGACUACUUAUCGAAUGGAACCAGCUGGAAGCCGUGGUGUCCACGCGCUAGACGACUUUCAGUUUAUGCCAUUUUUGUGGGGCAGCUCCCAACUCGUUGGUAAACGUCUGCUGCAUGCUCGAGUUUUAAUUGCCAAAAAUCAGUUUUUCUUUCAGUUCUGGCUUACGUUUUCCCGUUCCAUUUCUAUCACAACAAAAACAGGUCCAUUUCACGAGCACUCAAAUCAGCUGUGGAAUAUCAGUGCGGUACAAAGUUGGGAGAAAGUCAAUUCCGGCAUGUUCAAGAUGUAUGAGGCUGAGGUAUUAAAGAAGUUCCCAACGGUGCAGCAUUUUCAUUUUGGAUCGCUCUUUUCGAUAGAGCCUGCAAAAGAAGUGGACGAUCCAAAUUUACAGAAAACAGAUACCACUGAUGCCCCAUCGGAUACGACAUCCGGGCAUGUUAGCGAAAAUCCUCUUAUUGAUCAGUUCAUGACACGUGCUGUGCACCCGUAA